AUGGGCUUCACAUCCAACCUUCUAUAUUUCGCACUUCAUCCAAACCACCUAGGAACAUUAAUCCAAUGGUAUCUCUAUUUAUUUAAUACUGAGAAACUCACCGACAAGACCCUCCGCCACCGCCCCCAGCACCCAAAAGACGAAAACCAUAAGACAACAACAGCGAAAACUUGCUUCGCAUUCCUCCACAAAACAGGCCGCAGUUUCAGCCCCGUCGUGCAAGACCUACACCCAGAACUCGCAUUACCAGUAUGCAUCUUCUAUCUAAUCCUACGCGGCCUCGACACUAUCGAAGAUGAUCCCUCGAUUCCGCUCGAGGUUAAAGAGCCGCUUCUCCGUGACUUCAAGAACGUCCUUGACAAGGAUGGUUGGAAUUACACUGGAAAUCGCCCAGAGGAAAAUGAUCGUGAACUAUUGGUGCAGUUUGGCAAUGUUAUUGUUGAGUUUAAAAAGAUGAAGCCGGUCUACGGGGUGAUUGUAAGAGAUGUUACGGCGAGAAUGGGGGAUGGCAUGGCUGAUAACGCGCGAAGGGCGGCUGCGGGGGCUAGCAGUAUUGAUUCUACCGCGGAGUAUGAUCUUUACUGCUGGUAUGUGGCUGGUAUAGUUGGUGAGGGUUUAACGCGUCUCUUCGUCGAGGCCGGGCUCGCUGAGACAGACUUACUCAAGCAGGGUCUAUAUAAGCCGAUGGGUCUUUUUCUCCAAAAGACAAAUAUCAUUCGUGAUAUCCGCGAAGACUGGGACGAUAGUCGUCGUUUCUGGCCGGAAGAGAUCUCGUCCAAGCAUGUCGGUGACUUUGAAGAUCUAUUCGACCCUGCGAAGCAAAGUGCUGCAGUUUCAUGCAGCUCUGAGAUGAUACUGGACGCUCUGCAACAUGUUUGCGAUUGCUUGUCUUAUCUUGCUGGACUACGGGAACAGAGCGUUUUCAAUUUCUGCGCUAUUCCGCAGUGUAUGGCUAUCGCUACGCUGGAAUUGUGUUUCUGUAAUCCGGCACUUUUUGAUCGGAGUCUCAAGAUUUCCAAGGGCGAUGCACUGCGACUGGUCGUUGAGGCUAGUCGGGGGAUAGAGAGUGUUUGUUAUGUCUUUUGUCGAUAUGUUGAUCGGAUUCAGCAAAAGAUUCAAUCCGGGGACCCUUGUUAUUUGAGAGUCCACGCUGCAUGCAAAGAAAUUCAAACAUUUGCCAAAGCGUUAGCAACUCAGAGUACUGAUGGUGUCAGUGAUACGAUGGAUGGAAAGACUCUCGUGUCCCAGGAGGGACUACCUCGGCACCAGUCCAGCAUUCAUCAUAAUACUCGGUCUGUCGCUAGGCGAGCGUUUGCAUUUUCAGCAGGCAUAUCGUUGUCAGUGUUAGGAGUCGCCUGGGUCAUCAAAGCCCGUUUGAACGCCGUCUGA